AGAUGACACUGUUCAAAAAAAUUCAGUGGUUUUGUAACCUGAUCCGUCUAAGAAGCUACUACAAAUUCUUAUUAUUAAUUGCUUAUACUGCAUUUGGAGCCUGGCUCUUUAGGACUUAUGAAUUACAAGCUGAUAUCAAAAGACGAUCAGUUUUUGGAAAUACAACCAAUUUGGUUAGACGGCAGCUGGCAGAGAGGUGGAUUGAAAUGCACAAAGAUGCAGUAUUGAGGAACGAUUCUGCAUUGAGGUUUCGAAGAGCUGCUGAAGCAGUUGAAUGGUUACUCGAUGAGUUGAAUUUAUCAGAUCAUAUCAGAGAUUUAUCAGAAGAAACUCCAUGGACGUGGACUGGUGCUAUGUUUUAUGCAGGACAAUUAUAUACAACAAUUGGUUACGGUUACCCAACUACUAAAACUGACGAAGGGAGAAUCUGCACAAUAUUCUAUGCACUCUUCGGAAUUCCAUGCUUUCUUAUGUACCUUAAGUCAAUUGGUAAGACAUUGUCGAAAAAAAUGAAGAAAUAUUACAAGAAGUUGAGAAGAUCUCGAGUAGGAAGAAUACUACUUCCAACAAGAGUUACGGCAAUGAAAGAUGGAUUUGAAGAUCCUGAAGCUGCUGAAGAACGAAAAAAGAAACCAUUUCCAAUACCAAUUGCAAUUAUAAUGCUGAUUAUUUGGAUUUGUUUUUCUGCUUCCAUGUUUUGUAUUUGGGAAGAUACAUGGGUUUUCUCGUCUGCUGUUUACUUUUUUAUUGUUUCUAUUUCAACUGUUGGUCUUGGAGAUAUGCUUUUUCGUACUCCAGACAUGAUGGUCUUUAACUUUCUACUCAUUCUUGUUGGAUUGGCACUUCUUUCAAUGUGUUUCGAACUUAUUACUGAUAGAGUUGCAAAAUGGAAACAAAAAAGAUUCGACGAACACAUAAAAAAAGUACAGAAAAUGGCGUUUCAAGUUUUUGAAAAAGACCCGUUCAUUGAAGAAGCUCCACCACUUGGAAUUCGUAUGGCUCCAAACUUAAUGCAAAUUGCUGCAACCCACGUAAGUGAAGAAAAACGAGGAUUCUUUGCUGAAUUCAAGGAUUGGUUUGCUGGAAAAGUUACUGAUAAUGUGAUCCAAUCUAAGUUGGAAGAUAGUGAUGAUGAAUCAGAUAGUGAAGAAGCACUUGAGGAGUUUGAUUCUCCGCAGAUUGCAACAGUAACUGCAAAUGAUCUAAUAGUUUGUUCAAAUGGAGCAGCAACUAGAAGAGUUAGCAAACAAAGUUAUGCAUUAUCUGAUAUCUCCAACCUUUCAAAUUCGAAAAUUCUGCCUGGAAAUAACUACGGCCAACUACUAGAUCGCAUAAAGGCAAUGGAAAAAUUUAAGCCAAAAAAGAACGAUCUUGAUUCAAGGAUGUUUGCAAAGUUUUUGGAAAACAAGAAGUUGGCUAAGAUUUUAGAACAAACCGAGUUAAGAGAGCUGGCAACAGUAUCUUGUCAAACCGAUCUCAGUGGAUUGGUUGUCCAAAGAAGAAAUCCAAAAGGAAGACAUGCAAGAAUUGGUUCAUGCUCAUCUCAAUCCACAAUGUCCACGUUGCUCCCCAAUAAAAUGCAUGCACCGGAUGAAGAUUCUGUAAUGUCAUUCACGUUUGGAGAUCUGAAAUUUGAUUACAAAACAGAACCAUUUAUUGAUGAAUACUACAUUCGUGAAUCGAAUCAUUCUAUAUUUGAUUUUGAUGAAGAUGAAACGGUGAGGAUACCACAAAAGAUGUUGAUUUCAAGACCAGGAAUGCCUCCACCACCUCCAUCUCGUCCAUUAAAUCUUGCUUCACCUUUGAGAACUCUUUUAGAGAAAGAACAGAAGUAUGAUGAAGAUCCAGAAAUUCAGUUAACUCCAAGACGAUUGAAUUCAUUAUCAGAUAUUCAGGCUCGUAAAGUAAAACUUGGCGUGGAUGAAAAUCUUCAACAUGCUCGCCUUGUCUGUGGUUUGUUACCUCAAGAUUUUGAUUCUCCAUCAACUUCCACGUCGACGUCAAUGAUAGAUUCUGGAUAUGAACUUUCAAAACGAGAUGCGUCUACAAUGGCUUAAUUAUCACACUUUUAAAAUAUUGCUACUCUAAAAUGUCUUUUCAACUUUUCAGUGUUUAUAUCCGGUUUAUAUGUAUUACGGGUCAUGUCGUGUCAAUAAAAUGGUAAUUGUAUAA